AUGGCUCCAAAACGUGCUAUUCCAUUCAGUUCAGAGCAUGCUUUACCGUUUGGUGUGAAGAUCGUUGAGCGUGAUUCUGCGACGAAGACAGUGGUAUCAGCGUCUUGUCUCUUUUGUGCUCAUUUCGGGCGGGAGGAGAAAACCGGCUCGAAGCGCAUCCGCACUGUCAAUGUGAUGUACUUCAAGAAGCCAUUUCGUGCCGACAUCCAGAGCGAGAAGGCGUAUUAUUUCGAUGCGAAUGCUCCCGUUGUUCAUCGCAACACCAUCAAUCACACUUUGGUGGGCAUCGUCGAUGUUAUCAUUGGCGAUAUGCUUUUUCAGGAUGGCGAUAGUAAUGAGGAGAUCACGAAAGAACGCGCUCUCAAUAUUUUUGAGGACGUUCUUGAUCCUUCGGAAGGCAAUUGCGAUGGCUGUGAUGAUGCAGCUGAUGUAUCUACCGCGAGAUAUUGCAUUCACUUGAAGAACCCUGCCCAGUUCUAUCUCAUUUCUAACUACCUCAGCGUAGAAGCGUCAUUUAGAAUGGCUUCACGAAUCCUGGCAAUGACCAAGGAGAGCACUGGCUUGACAUCACUGGGAUCUGUGUCUGAAGGAAAGGUGGCUGCCUUCGCUCGAUACGUGUGUGCGCUCAAACUUCAAUCGUUGAAGCACCUGCUGGCUCGUGUUUGGACAUUUUUGGUGGGGAUGGAUAUGUCCACCCUUAUGGCCACUUCAUAUCUCGACAUUCGCAUUCGCUUGCAUUGGAAAAGCAUUCUCAACUUUCACUUGCUCGCAAUUCUGAUGUUUUCUCAACACACGGCUGAACAGAUAUUCCUACAUGCUGCAAAGUCUUUGGAUGUGCUCGCCCCUUCUUGGAAGAAUCUGCUUCUUUCAAUCUCUACUGAUGGCGAGCGCAAGAUGACAGUACGUGUUCAAGGCGUAGCAACUCGCUUUGAGCAGUCUGUUCUGCCAGGCUUUUACCGCAUUUGUUGCGGUCUACACCAGCUGGACAUCAAGCUGCAAUGCUUUUUCGCGUCUUUAAUGGAUGAGCAGUUCUACUCCAGUCUCACUUCGUUGAUCUUGUACUUACGUAGGCAGCAGAAUCUUAUUAAUGAUUUGAAGACCAAGGCACCUACCGUUUCAGACACUCGAUGGGAGUCAAAGGGCAAAGUGGCUACCAAGUUCAAGACGAAUCGUGUGGGUGUGUUAGCGUAUCUCGGGCUGAAGAAGCCUUCUGUGGCACCGUCUCCGUCGUGGUGGAUUGUUCUUAUGUUUAUAGUGAAGAUCUCGGCUGAAGCGACGAUUACUUUUCGUAGCCUCGAAGGACUUACGACGAUAGUGUCGCAGCAGCGUGAAGGUCUGCAGCGUUUGCAUGAUGUUUACGUACGCUUGUUCAAGGCGUCUGGGCCACUAUCUGUGGAAGACGCAAAUGCUGUUGAUCAUGGAAUUUCAGUCCUUUCCAAAGAUUACCAGUAUUCGCUGCAACUUUCCGAUGUCACAGAAGUGCUGGAGGAACUUGGCCUAUUCGUCGCGGGCAAGAUUGAAGAAACUGGUGCGGAAGCGAUGACGGAGCUUGUAAAAGGUCUUGCUAUCUGCACACUGAAACUUAUUGCGGGCGUGAUUUCUAUCGUCGCCGAGCGUGACUCUUCAAACGAAGCUGCCGCGGAAAUGCCCCUUGUGCUUUCUCACCAGCUGGUCAUGCUUCGAGGCCGAGAGUUCGGUGACAUUUUGAAAGUUCAAACCCCUCGCUUGCGGACGACUUGCUCGAUUACCGAAAUUGAUAUCAUUGAGCAGGAGUUCGCACAACUGCAGUCGGCCUAUCAUCGCGAGAGCUCUUUCAAAGCUGUGCUAGAUGCGUGUGGUCCCCAUACCUCCUUCAAGGAAGGUUGGAAGCUUAUUCAAGAUCGGUUUUGCUUUCUGCGAGAGUUUUGUGGCGGUCUCGCAACAGCUUUUCCCGGCACCUCAUUUGUGGAAAGCGAUUUCUCGAUUGUGAAGUGGGAGAAGGAUGUUGGCAGAGCCUCAUUGACAUACUUCUCUUUGGAAGGAAUCCUCCAUGCCAAGCAGUUCAAGCAAAUGCGGUCUACUAACGUCCAAUAA